CGACCUGGGGAACGUGCUGGAGGGACCUAGGGAGCGUGCAGAGACCUCUAGCUCGAGCGUGAGGGACCUCCCGUCGGGAUGCCUGGGGAGCAGAUGGACCCUACUGGAAGUCAGUUGGAUUCAGAUUUUUCUCAACAAGAUACUCCUUGCCUAAUAAUUGAAGAUUCUCAGCCUGAAAGUCAGGUCCUAGAAGAUGAUUCUCGUUCUCAUUUCAGUGUGCUGUCUCGACACCUUCCUAAUCUACAGACACACAAAGAAAACCCUGUGUUGGAUGUUGUGUCCAAUCCCGAACAGAAAGCUGGAGAAGAACAAGGAGACAAUAGUGGGCUCAAUGAACACUUGAAAGAAAACAAUCCUGCAGAACCUACGGAUUCUCUUCAUCUGGACACAUGUGGUUCCAUCAGUCAGGUUAUUGAACAGUUGCCUCAGCCAAAUAGGACAAGCAGUGUUUUGGGAAUGUCUUUGGAAUCUGUUCCUGUGAGUGAAAAGAAGGAAGAAGAAGAGGCAAAAGAGAUGGAAAAAAAGAAGGAAGAAGAUACUCCAGACGGUACCACACAGUGUAUAGGUGAUGAAGAUCCUGCCUCAUCACAGUCAGGCUUUGGAGUUUUGGAACUCUCCCAGAGCCAGGAUAUUGGAGAGCAUACUGCACCAUAUGAAGUGAACAAAGAGCACCUACAGUCAGUACCUGCUGAUUCAGGGCAUACCAGGCUAUCUGAUGUGGCUGCUAGCAUUGUAAUUGAGCAUGGAGAACAGUCCAAUGAAGAUAUCCCCAUGGUAGACCCACCCAACAAGGAUGUCCCCGUGGUAGGAGAGAACAAUAAGGAUGCACAUGUGAUGGAAGAGCAAAACUCACCACCUGAAAGGCCAGAAGACAUUUCUUCUAGUCCCAAAGUAUCUCUUGUUGCUAUGGAAACAAAAGAACAAAUACCUGCUCGACAACUUCUGGAAGGCGAACUGCAGAUUCAGAAGUCUCCGGAGCCUGACAUUUUGUCAACCCAGCAAGACUUGUUUGACCAGAGCAAUAAAACAGUUUCUGAUGAUUGUUCAACUCCUUCAAGGGAGGAAAGUGCAUGUUCUCCAGUCUCCACACCUGCCACCACUCUGCACCUGCUGCAGCUCUCUGGACAGAGAUCCCUUGCUCAGGAGAGUCUUUCGACGAAUUCCUCAGAUCUUGUUGCUCCUUCUCCUGAUGCUUUCCGAACGACCCCUUUAAUCAUACCUAGCAGUCCCACAGAGCAAGGCGGGAGAAAAGAUGAGCCAAUGGACAUGUCAGUGUUAUCUGAGGAAGGAGGAGGAGAGCCUUUUCAGAAGAAAAUUGAUGAUGAACGAGUGGAGACAGAAAAUCCACCUGAGCCCUUUGUGUCACCACAGGCCUCAACACCGGUGUCUCAGAGCACGCCAGUCUUCACUCCCGGGUCACUUUCUGUCCCAUCCCAGCCUGAAUUUUCUCAUGACAUUUUCAUUCCAACUCCAAGUUUAGAAGAAGGUUCAAAUGAUGGAAAGAAAGGUGGAGACUUGCAUAGUUCAUCUUUGACUGUUGAGUGUUCUAAAACCUCCGCAAUUGAACCAAAGAAUUCUGCUGAGGAACUUGGGCUGUCUUUGACAGGGGAGUCUUGCAAGUUGAUGCUUUCUGUAAGUGAUUAUAGUCAGUCUCCAAAGAUGGAGAGCUUGACUUCUCACAAGAUUGAUGAAGAUGGAGAAAACACACAGAUUGAAGAUACUGAGCCCAUGUCUCCAGUUCUCAGUUCUAAAACUGUUCCCACUGAAAAUGACAGUAACUUGAUAAAUCCAGCACAGGAUAGCCAAGUAGAACUAGGCCAUAAUGAUGACAAAACAAAGGGAGAUGAUACAGAGACCCGAGAUGACAUAAGUAUUUUAGCUACUGGUUGCAAAGAUAGGACAGAAACUGUAGCAGAAGACAUUUGUAUUGAUCUCACUUGCGAUUCAGGAAGUCAGGCAGUUCCAUCUCCGGCUACUCGAUCUGAGGCACUCUCUAGUGUGUUAGAUCAAGAGGAAGCUAUUGAAAUUAAAGACCACCAUCCGGAGGAGGGGUCUUCAGGGUCUGAGGUAGAAGAAAUCCCCGAGACUCCUUGUGAAAGUCAAGGAGAAGAACCCAAAGAAGAAAAUAAGGAAAGUACCCCAUUUCACCUUUCUCUGACUGAAACUCAGUCCCAAGGGUUGGGUCUUCAAAAUGAAAUCUCAAAAGAAGAGUGUCAGGAAGCUAUGGAAGUUGAAACCAGUGUAAUUAGUAUUGAUUCUCCCCAGAAACUGCCAGUACUUGACCAAGAAUUAGAACACAAGGAUCAGGAAGCUUGGGAAGAAGCUACUUCAGAGGACUCAAGUGUUGUCAUUGUAGACGUGAAGGAUCCGUCUCCCAGAGUUGAUGUUUCUUCUGAACCUUUGGAGGGAGUUGAAAAGUGCCCAGAUUCCCAGUCUUGGGAGGAUGCUGCUGCCGAAAUAGAAGCAAGUGCUGAGACGAGACCAGAUACCCAGGAAGAAAAAAGUGCAGAAUGUGAAGAACAUCUAAAAUCAGUAAUUGCAGAAAAGGAACCUGUAGAGGAAGACUCUCCACAAUCCCCUUUGCCUUCAGUGAGAGCAGGUGAUACUCCAAGACCUGAACUGGAAUUGAAACAAACCCAAUCUGAAGACUCAAAAAUGGCUAAUGCAAAGCAGUUGGGUUCUGUGGUAGAGGUCCAGCAGCCGGAGAAGACCUCUACCCAGGCUUCACAAAGCUUCUGUGAAAGCUCUAGUGAAACUCCAUUUCAUUUCACUUUGCCUAAAGAAGGUGAUAUUAUUCCACCCUUGACUGGCGUAACCCCACCUCUCAUUGGGCACCUUAAAUUGGAGCCCAAGAGACACAGUACUCCUAUUGGUAUUAUUAGCAAGUGUCCAGAAGGCACCAUAACAACCAGUGAUGUCAUGUCUGAAAGCAUGGUGGAGACCAAUGAUGUCAUUCUUGGAAGUGAAAAAGGGAAUUCUGAGGUUGCUCCUCUGGUGGAUGAUAAAUUAUGCCUAAGAAUGAAAUUGGUCAGUCCUGAAACCGAGGCUAGUGAAGAAUCUUUGCAAUUUAGCCUGGAAAAACCUGCAACUGAUGAAAGAAAAACUGCUGUUGCUGAGGAUGUUGCCAGUCCCCAGAAGACCACCUCUGUGUUUAGCUGUGUCUGUGAAGCUAAGCAAGAGGAUGAAGCAAGAAGUCAGGAUCCCCCCUCCACACCUAUCAGGGGGAACUUACUUCAUUUUCCAAGUACUCAAGAAGCAACAGCGAAGGAAAUAUUGGAGUGUAACCAAAGGACUAAGCAGAAUCAACAACCUUUGAAGUCUGUUAGUGCUGCCACGGACUCUGCUGCUUCUGUCUCCCAGCAGACGGUGGCAAAGGGGCCAUCUAGUCCUCACGGAGAAGCAAUGGAGACUGACUGGCCAGAAGGCCAGAAAGAUGGACGGAAUACCAAUCAGGAAACACUUAGUAAAGCCUUGAUUGAAAGGCCCAGCCAAAGUAACAUAGGAAUUCAGACCAUCGAGCGUUCCCCAUGGGCCCCAGAAACUGUUUCAGCAGCAACCCAGACUGUAAAGAAUGUGUGUGAGCAAGGGACCAGUACAAUAGAACAGAACUCUGGAAAACAAGAUGCCACAGUUCAGACUGAAAAAGGGAGUGGGGAGAAACUGGCUGGGGUUCCUGCGGAUGACACAGAGUCGAUCCAUAGCCAGGGAGAGGAAGAAUUCGAUAUGCCUCAGCCUCCACAUGGCCAUGUCUUGCAUCGUCACAUGCGAACAAUCCGUGAAGUGCGCACUCUUGUCACUCGUGUCAUCACAGAUGUAUAUUACGUGGAUGGGACAGAAGUAGAAAGAAAAGUAACUGAGGAGACUGAAGAGCCAGUUAUAGAAUGUCAGGAGUGUGAAACUGAAGUUUCUCCUUCACAGACUGGGGGCUCCUCUGGUGACCUGGGGGACAUCAGCUCAUUCUCCUCCAAAGCAUCCAGCUUACUGCACACAUCAAGUGGGACAAGUCUCUCAGCCAUGCACAGCAGUGGCAGCUCAGGAAGAGGAGCCGGCCUACUCAAAGUGAAAAGUGGCGGGACAGAACCCGCAGAUUUUGCCUUACCCAGCUCUCGAGGAGGCCCAGGAAAACUGAGUCCUAGAAAAGGGGUCAGUCAGACAGGGGCGCCAGUGUGUGAGGAGGAUGGUGAUGCGGGCCUUGGCAUCAGACAGGGAGGGAAAGCUCCAGUCACGCCUCGUGGGCGCGGGCGAAGGGGCCGCCCGCCUUCUCGGACCACUGGAACCAGAGAAACAGCUGUAUCUGGCCCCAUGGGCAUAGAGGACAUUUCACCCAACAUGACACCAGAAGAUAAAUCCUUUACCCGGAUUGUGUCCCGAGUACCAGAUUCCAGCAGACGAGCUGACACGGGUGCUGGUGCUUUGCGGCGCAGUGACUCUCCCGAGAUUCCUUUUCAGGCUGCUUCUGGCCCCUCUGAUGGCUUAGAUACCUCCUCUCCAGGGAACAGCUUUGUAGGGCUCCGUGUUGUAGCUAAGUGGUCAUCCAAUGGCUAUUUUUACUCCGGGAAAAUCACACGAGAUGUUGGAGCUGGGAAAUAUAAAUUGCUCUUUGAUGAUGGGUACGAGUGUGAUGUGUUGGGCAAAGACAUUCUACUGUGUGACCCCAUCCCACUGGACACUGAAGUGACAGCCCUCUCGGAGGAUGAAUAUUUCAGUGCAGGAGUGGUGAAAGGCCAUAGGAAGGAGUCUGGGGAGCUGUACUACAGCAUUGAAAAGGAAGGCCAACGGAAGUGGUAUAAGCGAAUGGCUGUCAUCUUGUCCUUAGAGCAAGGCAACAGACUGAGAGAGCAGUAUGGCCUUGGCCCGUAUGAGGCAGUAACACCCCUUACCAAAGCAGCAGAUAUCAGCUUGGAUAACUUGGUGGAAGGAAAACGGAAACGUCGCAGUAACAUCAGCUCCCCGGUCACCCCCGCUGCCUCCAGUAGCAGCAGCACAACUCCUAACCGUAAAAUGACAGAAAGCUCUCGUGCCUCCCUGGGUGUUCUCUCAGGCAAAAGAAAACUUAUAACUUCCGAAGAGGAACGGUCCCCUGCUAAGAGAGGCCGAAAGUCUGCCACUGUGAAACCUGGUGUAGUGGGGGCAGGCGAGUUUGUGAACCCCUGUGAGAGUGGAGACAACAUGGCUGAGCCCUCUGCCCUGGAAGAGCAGAGAGGGCCUUUGCCCCUUAACAAGACCUUGUUUCUGGGCUAUGCCUUUCUUCUCACCAUGGCCACAACCACAGACAAGUUGACCAGCCGCUCCAAACUGCCAGAUGGUCCUUCAGGAAGCAGUGAAGAAGAAGAAGAAUUUUUAGAAAUACCUCCCUUCAACAAGCAGUAUACAGAAUCCCAGCUUCGAGCAGGAGCUGGCUAUAUCCUUGAAGACUUCAAUGAAGCCCAGUGUAACACAGCCUACCAGUGUCUUCUAAUUGCGGAUCAGCAUUGUCGAACCCGGAAGUACUUCCUGUGCCUUGCCAGUGGGAUUCCCUGUGUGUCUCAUGUCUGGGUCCAUGACAGUUGCCAUGCCAACCAGCUCCAGAAUUACCACAAUUACUUGUUGCCAGCUGGGUACAGCCUUGAGGAGCAAAGAAUUCUGGAUUGGCAACCCCGAGAAAACCCUUUCCAGAAUUUGAAGGUACUCUUGGUAUCAGAUCAACAACAAAACUUUCUGGAGCUCUGGUCUGAAAUCCUCAUGACUGGAGGGGCAGCCUCUGUCAAGCAGCAUCACUCAAGUGCCCAUAACAAAGAUAUUGCUUUAGGGGUAUUUGACGUGGUGGUGACAGAUCCUUCAUGCCCAGCCUCAGUGCUGAAGUGUGCAGAAGCUUUGCGGUUGCCUGUGGUGUCACAAGAGUGGGUGAUCCAGUGCCUCAUUGUUGGGGGUAGGAUUGGAUUCAAACAGCACCCAAAAUACAAGCACGAUUAUGUUUCUCACUAA